AUGCAAAGUGCAUUGCACAUUUCCCUUCAGAAAUUUGUAAAACGGGCUAUAAAUGCAACGGAAUUUGCCACUAUUAACACACUUCGUUUGAAGAUAUCUAGAAACAUGAAGACCUUUAUUGCUUUGGUAUGCUUGAUGGCUGUUGUGGCAGGAGGCCAUAGCUCAGCAAUCGGUCUGGGCCUGGGAGGUCUUGACGGUCUGGGAGGUCUCGGAGGUCUUGGAGGUCUUGGAGGUCUCGGAGGUCUGACGAUCCCACUGGUAGAAACUGUUCCAAUUAUAAAGCAAAAGAUCAUAGGACCAGCAUUGUCUACACUUAAUGUCAAUCAAUCACCUCCUAUCCCAAUUAUUCGAAGAGUAUCGGUGGCACCAAUCGCUACACCCAUCAUCGCUUCUAUCCCAGCCCCAAUCAUCGAACCAAUCAUCUCUGCCCCUAUACUGAAAGAAAUACCCUUGGGUAGUUAUGGUCUAGGUGGACUUGGCUUGGGCUACGGAAAAUUACACUGA